AUGGACUCGUCCUUGAUCGGCAAGACCGGUGGCGAGAUCUUCCACGAGAUGAUGGAGCGCCACAACGUCGACACCGUCUUCGGGUACCCGGGUGGUGCCAUCCUGCCCGUCUACGACGCCAUCUACAACUCCAGCAAAUUCAACUUUGUUCUUCCUCGACACGAGCAAGGUGCCGGCCACAUGGCCGAGGGCUACGCCAGAGCGAGCGGCAAGCCCGGCGUCGUCUUGGUCACCUCAGGACCAGGUGCCACCAACGUCAUCACGCCGAUGGCCGACGCCCUAGCAGACGGUAUCCCCAUGGUCGUCUUCACCGGACAGGUCCCAACGAGCGCCAUCGGUACCGAUUCCUUCCAGGAGGCCGACGUUGUCGGUAUCUCCAGAUCCUGUACAAAGUGGAAUGUGAUGGUGAAGAACGUUGCGGAGCUGCCUAGAAGAAUCAACGAGGCCUUCGAAAUUGCCACUACGGGCAGACCCGGCCCUGUCUUGGUCGACCUACCUAAGGACGUCACUGCUGCCGUCCUCAAAACGGCGAUCCCAAUCUCCUCUACCAUUCCAAAGAAAACCGUCUCCAUGCUCUCCCAGAAGGAACUGACACAGUACACAAUCGAGUGCAUAGAGCGCUCUGCAAAGCUGCUCAGCAAGGCCCAAAGACCAAUUAUAUACGCCGGCGCAGGUGUCCUGAACUCAGACGACGGUCCAAAAAGACUUAAGGAGUUGGCAGACAAGGCCUGCAUACCCGUCACCACCACCCUUCAGGGUCUGGGUGCCUUUGACCAGAACGACUACAAGUCGUUGGACAUGUUGGGCAUGCACGGUUCCGGUGUCGCCAACCUGGCGAUCCAGAACGCCGAUCUGAUCAUCGCCUUGGGUGCCAGAUUCGACGACAGAGUCACCGGUAACAUCAGCAAGUUUGCUCCUCAAGCCAAGCUGGCCGCCCAGGAAGGUAGAGGUGGUAUUAUUCAUUUUGAAAUUUCUCCGAAGAACAUCAACAAGGUUGUCGAGGCGACUGAAGCUGUCGAAGGUGACUUGACCGAAAACUUGGAGCUGUUCAAUGACUUGGUCACCAGCGUUAAGGAACGUCCUGCUUGGUUCAAGCUCAUUGAUGAAUGGAAGGAGAAAUACCCAUAUUCCUACCAAAAGGAAACCCCAGGUGGCCUGAUUAAGCCCCAGACCUUGAUUCAAGAAAUUUCCAAACAAGCAGCCGCCACUGGAAAGCCAGUUAUUGUCACAACCGGUGUUGGCCAGCAUCAAAUGUGGGCUGCUCAGCACUUCACGUGGACAAAGCCUCGUACUUUCAUCACAUCUGGUGGUUUAGGUACCAUGGGUUUUGGUUUACCAUCAGCUAUCGGUGCUCAAGUUGCAAAGCCUGACGCCUUAGUCAUUGACAUCGAUGGUGAUGCUUCGUUCAGCAUGACUUUAAGUGAAUUGUCAUCUGCCGUCCAAGCAAACGCUCCAGUCAAGGUUUGUGUUCUGAACAAUGAAGAACAAGGUAUGGUUACCCAAUGGCAAUCCCUUUUCUACAAACACAGAUACUCCCACACACAUCAGUCGAACCCUGAUUUCAUGAAAUUGGCAGAAGCCAUGCAAAUUAAAGGUGUGCGUAUCACCAAGCAAGAAGACAUGGUUAGCGGUAUUAACGAAUGGCUAAAUACCGAAGGACCAGUUUUGUUGGAAGUUGUUGUAGAGAAGAAGGUUCCUGUCUUUCCAAUGGUUCCAGCCGGAAAAGGUUUAGAUGAAUUCUUAUAUUUCGAUGCAGAGUUCGAAAAGAAAGAAAAUGAAUUGAGACACAAGAGAACUGGUGGUAAGCAUUAA